AUGGCCUAUGUACCUCUACUUGGGCGUGAUGCCCCCGAGCCCUCAGAUUCCAUCGACGACACGGUGCAGAAAUGGAACAAGGCCACUCAAUCGUUGUGCAUCAUCUUCACGACUAUCUUCUUUAUCCUACGCGUAUACACUCGGACCUUUAUACUUAAUGGCUUCACGAAGGAGGACUGGUUUUGCUCCGGGGCUUGGCCAUCCAGACUAACUCCCCAGACCGUCUACGUGACAAUGGUCAUGUACGGACCGACGGCCUUCCUCACGAAAAUGUCCCUCCUCUGGAUCAUGACACGCGUAUUCAGCCCCUUUCGCAAAUCUGUCAUCUUCAUCUACGUCUUCCUCGCCCUCAUGCUCGCCUACUACAUCCCCGCCGUCAUCGUCAAGAUCCGCAUCUGCAGCCCCAUCUCCAAAUUCUGGGACACCGACACGCCAGGCACCUGCCUGGGUCAGUCCUCCAUCAUCAUGGCCGACGCCGUCGUCAGCGUCGUCAGUGACAUGAUCGUCCUCAUCCUGCCCCUGCCGCUGACCCUCGGCCUACAACUCCCGACAAAGAAGAAAAUGCGCGUCAUGGCGAUCCUCGGCGCCGGCGGACUCGCCUGUGCCUCGAGUAUCAUCCGUUUGGUGCUCAUCGUGUUCACCGGGCAGUCGGCCGACGGGACCUGGGCGUUUAUGCGCAUCAACAUGUUCGGAAAUGCCGAGAUCGCCAUCGGCGUCAUCUGCGCCUGCCUCCCCGCGCUGUCCGCCCUCAUCUCCCGCACCUACAAGGAAUACUCGAGCAACAAGUACACGGGCAACACGGACUACGAGCUGCGGAAAUACGCGCACCCGAGCCGGAAUACGCAGACGCAAAAGUCCAACAGGAGCAGAAGCCGGAUGAGCUUUUUCGAGCCCGGGUCGGACCAGGAUAUCCUCGUGCAGAAUGUGCAGAGCGAGCCGAAGGUCGAGACCACCGUACAGCAGAGCCCGUCGCACCAGCGGCGGGCGCCGGGCUUUGGGAUCAUGAAGACGGUCAAUGUGACGACGGAGGUUUCGUCUGCGAGGGGCCAUCCUCAUGAGUGA